AUGGAGAUUGAAAAGAUGAGCAUCACAUGCCAGGUAAAUGGAGCAGAAGUCCUUGGCUCAUCUUGUCUCGUCCACAGGCAGGGUACCAGCGGUCUCAACAGGGGCCAAGACAGUCCUGCUUUCCACAGCUGUGACUUCUGCUUGACCCAGUGGACCCUGGCUGGGGCAUCCAGGACCUUGAAGUUCUUCUUCUCUGAGGCAUUCAUGGGUCAGCACUUCCAGGAGGUGGAGUUAGACAAAGGGGACCCUCAGCCUGGAGACCUCUUCCUGUUCAGAUUGCAGUCUCCUAAGGCACAGUGGCUUGGAGCUCACGUCGGUGUUUACUGCGGCCACGGAGAGAUCAUACACUUUGAGGGCAGGACCUCCAGCAGCAGCGCUGGACUACAGACGCUUCUGGGUUACUGUGAAGGUGUGGUGUGCAAACAGGGUCACCGGGCACUACAGCGUUCUCGAAGGCUCUGGCGAGUGCUUCGCAGACGCCGCCGCAUUGACCCUGAGGAGCUGGAGCGCCGGGUGCGAGAAGCUAUGGACAGCGAUCCCCCUCCCUACCAUCCAACCAGCAGCAACUGUGUGCACUUUGCCCUGAACUUGCUGGGCAUGGACUCAAUGCCAAUGGACGUGGACUUAACCAUGGAUUAA